UGUGAAUAUGUCUUAAUCUGUGACUGAUCGUAGUAAUCGUACCUAUUUAUUUUAUCAUACUUAUAAAGUUAAAACCGCGUUAUAAUGUUAAAACUUAUUACCGUUUAUGAUGACUUCAAUAAAUUAAAUUGAAGAGUGAUAUCGUAGACAAUUUGGUAUUUGCUAUAUUUGGUAAUAUCUAUUUCCUAUUUGUCUUUGACAUUGUGCAAUGUUAAAUGUUUAUAGUGUUUACAUUUUGUAUACAGUUGCUUACCAAUUUUGAAGAACACAUAGGAAAUCCAUCAGUGUUCAUGGAUACAUUAAUUGGCAUUCCAACAUCAAUUGGUGGUGGUUGAUAUUGCUGCAAUGUCUGUUGUGGAGCAUAUUCACUUUGACGAGGAACUAGUACUGGCGAGAAUGGAAAUUGACAGUGAUCAACUGCUUUAAGCUCAUGGUGUGACUGAAGAUCAGGCCAUCGCCAUACUCUGCAGUAUAUGACAUGAGCUUUAAAAGUGAAUAUUAUUCAUUGAGCAAAUAUUCAAAAAACAAUAGUUUGGAAUCCGAGCAUUGAAGAUUGCAAUAGUUUCCAAGUCAAGUUUUACAGAGUAUAAAAUGACAGAAUUAGCGCGACUGAAAUAAUAAAUAUGGAUAUUCAGUCAGUAGAUUCUAGUCGUAGUCGAUCAACUAGUCGGAACGAAACUAUAUCAUAUCAACAAUUUCUUGAUAUGGAAAUUCUAUGUGAUCGAUUAAAACUGUUAGAUUAUGAAACUUAUGUAGUGAAUUCGUUGAAAAUGAGACCAAUCAAUAGACAUUAUUUUGCCUUACAAACUAGUUCUGGAGAACAGUUUUAUAUGUUUGUGUCUUUAGCCAUAUGGCUGUUAAGCAAACUUGGUAAAGAUUUAAAACAACCGCAAGAAUAUGAUGACCCAAAUUCAACAGUUAACAGUAUAUUAGAAUCAUCUGCACAAUUGGAAUUAUCUGUUGAUUUUCCAGUCAAUCAAUUAAAACAAGGUUUUGGAAAGCAUGUUAUUGACAUUUUAAAUGGACUUGCAAACUUAGCUUUAAAAAAAAAUGAUUUUACCUACAAAAAGCCAAUAUUUCCAGUUGAAAAAGAAGAAAUAGAAGAAUUAUCUGAAAAUAAUGCAGAACUUUUAUUAGAACAUGUUGAAGAAGAAAUGGUUUGGACUGACUCUGAUUCUGAUGAAGAAAAUAUGAUUAAUGUUAAUGAUUUAACUGUUUUAAAUAGGAAUAAAAGGCAAACUUCUUUUAAAACAAAUGAAAAUUUAAAAAUGUCAUCUGCCAAUAAAGAAGAAUGGAACCUAGAAUUAGAACAAGUAUUACCUUCAUUAAGAGUAACAAUCAAGCUAGAUUAUAAAGAUUGGCGAACAAGUUUAAAACAAAUGAAGGAACACAAACUCAUGAUGAAUGCAUCCAUAGAAAAAGUCAAGCCUCUUUUGACUAAUCUUUGUAGUACACUAGGAGAAACCAUGGAGAAAGUUUAUAGUAGAGAACAAUACUUGAAUAGUUCUUUAGACAGUCUUUUAAUAGAAUACCGUAAUUCUCAGGAUGAACUGGCUCGAGUUAUUGAACAUUAUAAACUCUUAAGUAAUGGUGUUGUAGAACGGCAAGAUACAUUAUUGAAAAUAACAGAACAAUUAGAUAUUGUGAAACAAGAAAUGGAUGAAAGAGGAUCAAGUAUGACAGAUGGAACACCAUUAAUAAAUAUAAAAAAGGCAAUAGCAACUAUUAAGUCAGAUAUCAUGGAAAUGGAUGUUCGUAUUGGUGUAUUGCAACAUGGAUAUUUUAUGUCUAAAGUACAUGAAAAAUCUGUUAUUCAAGAUCCUAUGAUAAGGCCAAUAUUUCCUAGAACCGUGUUAUGAUAAUAUUACAUACCUACAUUUAUUCGUUGUCUUAGUUACAAAUUAAUUAGUAAAUUUUUUAUGACUUUAUGAUGUAUACAUUUUGUAAAUUAUGUUUACAUUAAUACUUCUUUAAUUACUGCAAUAAAGCAAGAUGUUUUAUAUACCUAUUAUAAAUUAAGUGCAAUAAAACACACUUUCAAC